UGGAACUCUAGGGCUUUUUUUCUUUGGCGGCGGUUUGACUUCUUGCAAAAUGGCGGCCGAAGGGGCGCGCUGGACCCGCUCCGUCCAUUGGGAGGGAAGGGAGCAGAGGGCAGCGUUGCUGUUGCUGCUGCUGCUGCCCGCUUUGGCCGCCUGGACUUCACUGGAGCCUGAGGCAUUGGAAGAAGAGGAUGAGAAGAGCCAAGUGCAGGAGCUGAGCGGGGCCAACUGGAGCCUCCUGCUGCAGGGACACUGGAUGGUGGAGUUCUAUGCCCCUUGGUGUCCUGCCUGUCAGCAGAUGGAAUUAGUAUGGGAAGCAUUUGCAAGAGAUGGUGAAGACCUUGAACUCAAUGUGAGCAAGGUGGAUGUCACUCAAGAACCAGGCGUAAGUGGUCGUUUCUUUGUCACUACACUUCCCACUAUCUACCAUGCAAAGGAUGGCAUUUUUCGCAGAUAUCGUGGCUCAAGGUCACUGGAGGAUCUAGAGGGCUAUAUCCUGGAGAAAAAAUGGGAAGCUGUAGAACCUGUGGCAGGAUGGAAGUCCCCAUCAUCUAUACUGAUGCAUGGCAUGGCAGGACUCUUCCACUUAUCUGGAUGGAUCAGGCAAAUCCAUAACUAUUUAACAGGCACUCUUGGACUUCACAUUUGGUGUUCCUAUGCUGUCUUCAUAUUGGCCACUUUAUUGAUUGGUCUUAUCUUGGGUUUGAUACUAGUUUUACUUUCAGACUGCAUUUCUCCACUGAAGUCCAAAACAGAAGUUUCUGAUUUGAUGGUCCCUAGUGAUGAUAAAAUAGAAGAGCAACAGGAGUCACUACAGUCUGCAGCAGGAGAGACAGUUACAGAAAAAGGGUUGCCUGAAGGAGAUGAUGAGGAAGGUGGAGAAGAAGAGUCUCAAGAGAACUCCUCAGAUGACUCUGCAGUUGAAGGAUCUCAGACAGAAGAUGAGUUAGAGCAUCAGGAAUCUGACAAAAUAGAGCAAAGCUCUGUAAGGCAACGUAAAAAUCAGGUGGAUGCUGCUGGACUAUAGUGCAAUUAGCUGUAUACACUCUUUAUGUGGACCAAAGAUGCAUCAAGGCUCUCCCCUUGGUUGCAGCUAAAGCCAAACACUUUACCUGUUAAACUGUUACGGUUGAUGAUUUGUGCCAGAAGGCUAUUGUCUUUCUUUUAGGGCCAGUAUUUUCUAAAAGUUAAUUUUGAAAGAUAAAAUUUUAAUGAUAAGAUUAUAGCCACGACAAUCAGAUGAGCAAAGUUCUAUUUUUAUGAGGAUUAGAGGUGGGGUUGAGAAGAGGCUGUAUAUUUAAAAAGUGCCAGAAGCAAGGCAAUUAUGCUUCCUACAAUAAUGCAGAUUUCAUCUAUUUUAGUAUCGUGAUGACAAAUCUCAGUUAAUCUAAUAAAGAAUCUUUAUUGAAACAAGUUAGCAAAUAAAGAAUAGAAAACUUUAUAUUAAAAAUCUGUCAUUUCUCAAUAGAGAUAAGGCAGCUUCAAACGUUACCAGUUAAGAUAUCACUCUUGAGUGUACAUGCAUCUAUGCACAAGGCACUAGCCUGUUUGAAAUAACAAAGUGCAUCAAUUGCAUUUCUGUUUCAUUGUUCCUGUUGCCUAGUACACAUGAAGUGUAGGCUUGUGAUGUCUAAAAUGUCUUCCAGUGGCUAGUGUAAAAAGUUGUAAACGUUCAUAAACCACAUUGGUAUCUAAGAAGACUUCUUAAAUGUGUUGGUAUAUGAAUGGCUUCUGUAUGGAUAAUCUGAAAACUUGACUCUAAGGCAAGGAUGGAUAAAUGUUGCUCUCCAAGAUGAUGUUGGACAGCCUCUACCAUAAGCCCUACUCACUAUAGUCAAUGCUGUGGAAUACACUGGCUGUGCUUUGUCCUUGUUCUAAAAUGAAUUUCUCAUUUCUUAAUCUGUUGAUCAUAAUGUGACUUUUUAGUUUACAUAAGAUAUUUUUGAUAUUGUUGAUAUCCAAACAUACAUUCCAAUAGAAAGUACUUCACCAUAGUGCAGAAUUAGAAAAUGCCACAUUUUGUACUAUACUGUUUAUUUAAAAGGUUGACUAAUAACCUGAAAUGAUUUCUAGAUUAUUACCAGUGACCAAAAUAGUCUAACCUGAUCUGAUGUGAAAAAAGUUUUAAGAAAGUUUUUCUAACUGCCUAAAUACGAUGGUGCCUGAAACAACCAACUUCAGUAGUUCAGGCUAAUUUGUUUACCAGAUGUCGUCCUUGUUUCUGAAUUGAUAAGAAUGUUUACUGACUUUGUACAUCCAUUUGCAGAUCACUAUGGUAUAGCUGUGUAUAAUGUAUUUUGAGUGUAUCAGUGUAUCUUCAUAUCCAUUGUAAAUGUUAUCUUGAAUGUUUGGGCAUGAAUUAAGCUUACAGUGCAUCAAAAAUUCAAAACAGUGUUAAUAUUUCCAUAUAUUUAAUGCAGGAUAAUGGCAUAGAUCAAGGGUCAAGGAAAUGGACAUGGUGUUUAACUUUCAUAGUUAAUGGAUUAUUGAAAUUCAAGCAGUCUUACACAGUAAUAGUUACAUAUCAAACUUAGGUUCAUAAUAGUGUCAUAAAGCUCUUCUUGGGGUUCUUUCUUGUGCAGAAUAUCAGUAAAUCAUCAUAACUUUAUAUACCCCACAUUGUGCUUCCAGUAUAGAGUUGGCACAUUAGAAGACCAAUUUAAAGCAUGUUCAAGUAAAAACUACUAUGUUGCUCCAAUUUAUUGUCCUGCCUACAAGAUAAAUAAAAAUGAGUGCAGAAUAUGCAUUCGGAAGGUAAAGUACUAGAAAUGCUUUAGUGUGUAUGCUUAACCUUUUGUAAAAAUACUAAUGGAAGUUUAAAUGAUAAUUAACAAAUCUUAUGAAUGCUUCACGUAUACACUAAGUGCACUUUUCAUGCUACUAGAGGUAUCAGGGAAAUAACAUGAUCACUCUUGAUUUGAUUAUAGAACCAUGCUAACAAAAUGCUUUGGUAGUGUGACCAAGGUUAUUUUUCAGGUACAUGAUGACAGACAUGGGCAUUGGAAGCUAAUCUCUUCAGUUUCCCAUGAAGUAAAAAAUGGACCAUAGUUAAUUGAUUGGCACCCCGUUGUUACAAGUAGAGUCUUGUCUUAAUUGUGAGCUCAACUGAUAAAAUGUUUUGAGUAUAUUAACAGGAUGUUCAUGUGUUGUAAGACCAGUCACUCAAGUAUAAGUACCCUACAGUUAGUAAAAAGGUAUAUUUGCCUAAACAUGCUUGAGAUGAUACUGAAAUAGUUUGCUAGAUACACUUAGAGAAGAUAUAUAAAGGUGGCAGUAUUAACAUGCAACAGUCACUUUUAAUUCAGAGGGGCUUAGUUCCAGAUAAACCCACUAGAAUUAAGUUGCAGUAGUCUCUUGAUAUGGUGGUCCCUCACACUGUAUAUUUGCCACUGCCGUCUGCCAUGAUUGCAUUCUUCUGUAUGUUGCAGCUUGAUGUAUUAGGCUUGGAACCGUAGUGCUAUCCUUGUGCCUAUUUGGAUUAUAGUAAAGACAGUUUAUCUCAUCAGGUUUCCUUUCUGUUUGUUCCUAGAAAGUUUGCUGUCAUUAUGAACAUACAAGGAUUCAAAGUAGUGCUUAAGUUAGUUUAGGACAAAGUCAGUACAGUACUUGGGUCCAUAAAGAAAAAUAGACAAAUUAUGAAAUGCUGAUGAAGUAUCAUAGCCAUCACAUACAAAUGUGCUAUGACUGAUAGGGUUGUGCAUGGCUGUCAGGUUUCUAAAGGUGCCAAGCUUUCAACAAGUAGAGAAAAAAUGAUUAUUUGAGAAAGUAAUUAUUAAAGAGUUGUUACUGGGCAAGCAAACUGUUUUGUUCAAACUCAUUUGUUACUUUGAAACAAAAUAUGCUGAAAAAAUGCAAUAUUUGUGUUUAGUUGAAACAGAUAAUUUAGUUUGUGACAUAGUUUUUAUACAAAACAAUUUAUACUAAAAUGCUGUUGUCUGCUUCCUUGUUAACUAUAAAAAUUAUUUAUUACAA